AUGUGGUCGUCCUCUGGGAGCGGCAAGAAGCCGGUCAAUUCACCACAGGAGAUGGUGCAGGUCGAUCGGUCUGAAUCAGCCUCUCCAUUCUGGAGACCACCGUUGCGAGACAGCACAGCUAGACGAAGUGCCACGAACCCGGCUGGCCGAGAUGGUUCCAAUCUGGUUGUUGGAGCCGCAUACUCCCACGCGGAUGUCCUCAAAUUCGACACUCUAAACCUCUCCAACUCUUCUCUGCCUCGUCCCAGAACUCCUCCCUCAACGUCGUCCUCCAGAAAUCGCAUCAAUGACGCCACUCCGCCGCCACCACGUGGUUCUGCGACCUCUACCUCGCCACCCUUUAAAAGUUAUAUCAACUUCCUCUCAAAAACCAACGAUGAUUGGAAAGCGGACGAAGACGAAAUGCUAGGGUACGAGGACGACGACGGGGACGACUUUGGGCUCCCUAGCCUCUCAAACAUGAAGAGAAGGUCAAAACGAAUAGCCACUCAGAACAGGUCUGAUUUGAGCCAAGAACCCUCGAUAUACGCAAAUGAUGGUUCAUUUGGCGGCAUCCGGGCCCGGCGAUACUCAAACAGCGCAGAUAUUUCGGCUGAGCGCCCGGCACCAACCUAUCCCAUGCCAAAGAAGAGCGAAGGAAAGAUCCUUCGGCCGCAAUACAAGGACAUAUUAAAAGACCCGGCAAAUGCGCUUCAUUUGAUAAACUAUCCCUCAAUUCCUAGUAAUGCACCGCAGAAAGAAGCCGACGCAAUUAAUUCUCGAAUUACCCGUAUUAAUAAAUUUAAACGACUCCUCCAAGCAUCGUCAAUAUCACUUCCCGACCUUCGCUCAUUAGCAUGGUCAGGUGUACCGCAUGAAGUCCGUGCCAUGACCUGGCAACUACUUCUCAGCUACCUCCCCACGAACAGCGAGCGGCGAGUCGCUACCUUGGAGAGAAAGAGGAAAGAGUACCUCGAUGGAGUCAAGCAAGCAUUUGAAAGAAGCGGAACAACAGCCGGCAGCUCUUCAGCUGGAAAAGCGAGGGGCCUAGAUGAGGCUAUUUGGCACCAAAUCAGCAUCGACAUACCCAGGACAAACCCUCAUAUUGAGCUGUAUAGCUACGAGGCAACGCAGAGGUCGCUGGAACGCAUCCUCUACGUCUGGGCCGUCAGACAUCCUGCCAGCGGAUACGUUCAAGGCAUCAAUGACCUAGCCACUCCGUUUUGGGAGGUUUUCCUGGGACUCUACAUGACAGACUCUGAUAUUGAGACUGGCAUGGAUCCAGGCCAGCUGCCCAAGUCGGUCUUGGACGCUGUGGAAGCAGACUCAUUCUGGUGUCUUACCAAACUCCUCGACGGCAUUCAAGACCACUAUAUCGUUGCUCAACCUGGCAUUCAGAGACAGGUGACAGCCUUGCGUGACCUGACUGCCAGGAUUGAUUCCAAAUUAUCCAAACACCUCGAGCAAGAGGGCGUUGAAUUUAUACAAUUUAGCUUUCGAUGGAUGAAUUGUCUCCUUAUGCGCGAAAUCAGCGUGAAGAACACGAUUCGCAUGUGGGAUACAUAUCUUGCCGAAGAACAAGGCUUUUCGGAAUUUCAUCUCUACGUCUGUGCAGCACUUCUUGUAAAGUGGUCUGACAAACUGGUCAAGAUGGAUUUCCAGGAGAUUAUGAUGUUUUUGCAAAGCCUUCCUACGAAGGCAUGGGCCGAAAAGGAUAUCGAGUUGCUUUUGAGCGAAGCAUUCAUCUGGCAGAGUCUGUACAAAGGCUCAGCAGCGCACUUGAAGGGCCAGCCGCAGCGUCCUGUGCUAGCGAAUCUACAGUUAUAGCGUGAAAUGGCAUACACUUGAGGAGCUGUUAAUGCGGGAAUAAUAUAUAUAUACCAUUGAUAAUUUUUGC